GGAAAUAAUUAAACAUAGAACUAAACAUUGAGAUAUGUUCUAUCCCAGGAUAUAACAUUUAUUUGCCCUUGAUACAUUAAAGAGGUUGAGAUGAUAGUUUGAAAGUUUGAAAGCGAUUUAUUCAAAACUAACUUUCUUUUAAUUGCACGCCGCUCAUCCGUCACUUCGUGAAAAUAGGGACGAGUUGUGGGGUCAGAGGGGUGGCGUCGGUCAAUCCAAAACUUUUUCUACUCGUAGUCGUUUCUACUUUUUUGUAAUCCUGGUCAUCGAACCUCAGAUCUUCCUCUUGGUCAUGUUGAUUUGAGGCAAAGGAAGUAAGCCUAGAGUGAUGGAUCAAAAGCUAUAAGCUUUAGGAACUCAUUCCGUCCUAAUGCAUGAAGUUGCGUUAUUAUUUGUAUAUGUUGCGUAUCAUUAUGACGCAACAAUAUGCUACAAAGACACAUCAGUAACGCACAAUGACACACUACAGAGCUCCGUACAGACCUCUGUACUCGCGCAUAAGUAUUGUGACGUAUGACAUAGCGACGCCAAGCAACAAGGUACGUUAUGUCACAGUAGUCCAGCAAGGCUUUGGUUAUCUUGUAACAUCCCUUUAAUACAUUUCUUUUUAUUCUACAGCUCUCUAGAUUGUAUAUAUUGAUAACCAUUAGCAGCCUAUUUGUUGUAGUGACAAUUGCAAGAAUACCUGUGAGCAAUGACUAGUUGUUGGAUAUAAUGGAUAUAUACUUCAGGCAGCAAUAAGUGACAUCUGCGGACAAAGAUAUUUUUCUUGAACAAUUUCCUCAGGUAUUUUGAGAAACUCAGUUUAUGAACGGGUGCAUGGAUAUCAAUCGGUUACGACUGGCCAUGGAAUAUUUUCAUCAACAACAAUAAUCAGUGAAGAUCAAUUCAACUGAUCUAUGAUAAUUCAUGUGCUUCGUGUGCUUUACCUAUAACCUUACAAUCGCUUUGCCCAGUUUCAAGAAGCAUCUAUCUUAUGACGAUCAACAGACAAAGGAGUCUAGCCGUUUUGGGGGAUCAGCUUUUUAACUGCCAACCAGAUCAUCUGUCCAUUUGCUGGCUGACUGACUAUUUACCUGUUUACAAGAUAAAUAAUUCACACUGAGUUUUGGCACAAGAGGAGAGGAAUAACACUCUAGCUUGUAUUCUCGAAAGCCGCCUAGAUCUUUAUUUCAUGUUUAAACCCUGCCUAAACUUCCAAGUGUGAGUUUGUCCACCGGUCAUUGCCGAUGAAUUAAAGUAAUUACUGCUGAACUACGUGACUUAAUUUGGAAGAAGAAAAAAAAAAAUCGAAAUUACUAACACUUUAGUUAAAUAAGGGAAAUAGUUUAAUCUCCUUUUGUCUUUCAUCUUCUCUUUCAUUUUAAUAGAGAAACUUUUAUUGAGUCAACGCUUUUACCCCCAAAUGGCCAGGCGUUCAGGAGUUUCCUCUAAAAUUAGCACUGUGAUCGUUGUUCUUUUCUCACUUACAUUCAGCAAAGGUGAUAUUACAAGAGUGAGUGCUAUGGUAGGGGAAGAGAAACAACUUCAUUUUAGUUACCCUUGUGACAGCACACGAGUCACUUUAAGAAAUGGAAUAUGGGCUCCGUUUUACGAUUCAACUAAUCCAGAUUCAUUAUCAUUGCCCGAGAAUAAAAAACUUGCGUUUCGAAUAAAAAAUGAAAGUAACAUCUGUCUUCUCCAACUUAAAAUCUACCCUGUCCUAAGGUCCGACGAAGGCGGAUAUAUUCUCACCGCAUAUGCUGGUGAUGGAAAUAUCCUAGAGGACACAAGAGUUGGUUUGAGAGUUGAUUAUCCACCGGGUAAGGCGUCUUGCGGAUGGGAAGAGGAGACUGUUGCUGAUGACUGGCGCUUAUUAGAAUGCACAGCUUGGUUUGUCAGUUUGCUUGGAGAAAUCGUUUGCUAUCAGAAUGAGAUCAGGGUACCUCCUGUGAGAAAACCUCGGGAUAGAGACGGUAUUCUAGAGCACACCAUGUGGGUGAGGUUUUCUCAGCCUGCAUUUUGUUGCGCUCUUCUUGUAGGACAACCAGUUGAUAGGUGCAAAUGCAAUGACUACACAUGGGCUGGCUUUAGCAACCUCACAGAGCCCUGUCCUGUUGCCGUGGUUACAACCCAUCAAGGAGCUUCGACAUCUUCACAAAGUCCCACUUCUAUUCCAACCAAAGAAGCAACACAAAAGGCAAAGAAGAAUCACUGGUCAAAUGUUGUAACACACGUAAUUUAUUUGUUUGUAAUUGGAAUCUUAAUAAUUAUCAUCGGUAUAUGUCUUGUUUUGUCUAUUCGUGAAGCUUGCAAAGUUGAGAAAAUAUCAAAAUAACAUUCACUUAAUUAAACCAAAUCAUGUACACGAAAAUUAGAAGAGUGUGAAGACAGCUCAAAUUUAAAUUUGGCACUGCUCUCAAAAAAAGGAACCUUCAAAUCAGAUCGAAUCUUCAUAUACAUUUUACUGUAAAACGUUCAUUUUCCUACAAAUUAUUGAAAGCUAGGCACACUCUAAAUGCUUUCAAACAUAAUUUAAUAUCGUUCACUACAAUGCCAACCCGAUGUCUACAUAAAGUUAAUAUAUCCAUACUUGAGGUUUCAUUGGCUCUGUGGGAAAGAGAGGAAAAGUAUAGAUAUAUUGACGUUGUGAGAGGCAUCGCUGUUUCCAUAGGCUCAAGGGGAUGUUACAUCCUGCUAUGACCCCGAGGCGCGCCGGGGCAGAGCCAGUAGAGAAACAGCGAUGCUUCAAAUAUUAAAGCAAUCCAUAUAUCUUUUAUAUAGCAAGCGCUUAUACGUGAUCACGUGAUAUCCACCAUCUUGGUUAGUCCUCUGUUAUGUUUACCGGUUUACCAAGCACUAUGCCGUUUAGGUAUAAAAUCAUAAUAUUACUACCUGAGAGGGAUAAAGCUGAACUAAAUGAUUUUUCUUGUUAUACAUUGAAUAACUUGGUUUGAAACUUUCGUACAUGAUAUCUUGAAUAUACCUUGAAGGCCACACCUCGCCAUUCAGUAGAUGAAGGUUUUAAAACACGUAAGAAAGUUUUAAGCAAAGAAAGAAACCUUGAAUAGUACAUGUAUAUAAUUAUGUGCUUCCACAUUUCAUUUUAAAUUGCACAAAAUCCAUAAACUUCACAUUUUUUCAUAAUUGUAAAUGAAAUCUAGGAAUGUAGAUAUUUAAUUGGUUGUAUAUUGUAUUGCUCGUGUAGACUCACAUGGUAUACGCUGAGUUUCUGACGAUUUACUUGCCUCUGCUGUGCCAAUUUCCAAUUUUAUGCCAAAGCUGCCUGUGGGAUUUCAUUAAUUAAAGAGAUGGUUGCAGAAACUCGACAAUACAGUAUAAUGAUGGGUGCUGAUUAUUAUUUUUUCUCACAUGGGUCAGUUUACGAUGAGGAAAAAAGGGUAUUGAAAUAAUAAAGAAGUUCUGAAUUCUUUAUAACGAACCAUCAUCAUAUUCAUCUAU